AUGAAGCCCCGGCAAGGCGCAGUCCACGUGGUGGGCGGAACGGACGACGACGAGGAUGCGGAGAUUCCGCGCGCGCGGGCGGAGAAGUGGUCGCUGGCGGACGUGGCGGAGGCUACGGCGCAGUUCGCGCAGGAGCGCGUGAUCGAGGCGGAGGGGCAGAGCGUGGUGCUGCGCGGGAGCGCGCGCGACGGGCGGGACGUGGCGGUCAAGCGGUGCAAGCAGCCGCAGCCCGAGACCCAGGCGCUGUUUCUCCGAGAGGUGCGCUGGCUCUGGAGGCGCGUGAUUUGGGUGAUGGGUGGCGGUCUUGCCGCGGGUGGGGGGUUGCUUCUAAGCGUGCUGCUGCGUGGCGGUCAAGCGGUGCAAGCAGCCGCAGCCCGAGACCCAGGCGCUGUUUCUCCGCGAGGGAUGGGCUUCCACGCCUCGCUUCCUUGCGUCCUGGCUCACUGCCUUCCUGGCUGCACCCUCCUGUCUCGGCUGCACCCUCCUGUCUCGGCUGCACCCUCCUGUCUCGGCUGCACCCUCCUGUCUCGGCUGCACCCUCCUGUCUCGGCUGCACCCUCCUGUCUCUGCUGCACCCUCCUGUCUCGGCUGCACCCUCCUGUCUCUGCUGCACCCUCCUGUCUCGGCUGCACCCUCCUGUCUCUGCUGCACCCUCCUGUCUCGGCUGCACCCUCCUGUCUCGGCUGCACCCUCCUGUCUCGGCUGCACCCUCCUGUCUCUGCUGCACCCUCCUGUCUCGGCUGCACCCUCCUGUCUCGGCUGCACCCUCCUGUGAUGCUGAUCACGAGUAUGCGCCACCCCAGCCUGCUCCUCCUUGUGGGCUACUGCGACGAGGAAGCACAUGCAGCGCGGCUCCUAGACCCUCUUGCGUACAUUCCCACCCUCCUUCCCCUUCCCCCCGGCCAGGUGAUGCUGAUCACGAGUGUGCGCCACCCCAGCCUGCUCCCCCUUGUGGGCAACUGCGACGAGGAAGCAGAUACUCAUUUUCGAGCACAUGCAGCGCGGCUCCUAAACCCUCUUGCGUACAUUCCCACCCUCCCUCCCCUUCCCCCCUGCCAGGUGAUGCUCAUCACGAGUCUGCGCCACCCCAAUCUCCUCCCGCUCGUGGGCUACUGCGACGAGGGCAGCGAGCAGAUCCUCAUAUUCGAGCACAUGCAGCACGGCUCGCUCGCUUCCUGGCUGCGCCCGCGUGCAGACGGCAAUGUGUCUAGACCGCCACUCACGUUUGAGCAGCGCUUGAGGAUCGCUGCUGACGUGGCACGCGCUGUGGAGUUCCUGCACUCGCAGCCCAAGCCGGUGGUGCACCGUGACGUCAAGACCCAAACCAUCCUGCUGGACGAGAAAUUCAAUGCGAAGCUGGGGGGUUUGGGGACGCGCAAGCAUCUGCCAGGGGAGUCGAGCCGAGUGCGCGUGCAGCGGAGGAAGGGGUACCUGGAUCCCGAAUACUGCCAAACCUUCGUCGUCACUACCAAGGCCGAGAUCUUUGCAGUUGGAGUUGUCAUCCUCGAGCUUAUAACGGGUCGACCACCAGUGGUGGAAGAAGAGGUGGUAGCUAAGGAGGGUCGAAACACUGUCAAGAUUGUUACACUUGCUCAAUGGCCUCGCUCUCCCGCCCCAAAAGGCUCCCCUCGUGCUGGCAGGGCGGCACGGAGAUCCCGAGGCUCGUCGCUGGGCGGCGGAGAGUCCGAAGCAGCGCACGAGUACACUGUAGCUCCCGUGGACGUUAUUUUAGGUCUCAAGCCGGCGGGUAGCGCGGGCGUGGGUGCCGACCAAAGGGGUUCCGACGCGGAACGGCUCGGUAAUGGGGCAGUGCUAGCUGGUAGCGGGGCAGUUAAUAGCGGGGCAGCCAGUGAGCAGCAGAGCGCGGAGCCUGGUGGUGUGCCACGUAAUGGCUCCCGAUCACCCCGUCUGUCGCCACUUCAGCCACCCGCAUUUCAGCUGUCGCCACAACAGCAGCCGCCGCACCACCAGCCGUCGCAUCAGCAGUCGCCAUAUCAGCAGGUGCCGCAUCAACAGGCGCCACAUCAGCAGCCGUCGCAUCAGCAGUCUCCAUAUCAGCAGGUGUCACAUCAGCAGGCACAAUAUCAGCAGCCGCCACAUCAGCCACCACCACAUCAGCAGCCUCAAUAUCAGCAGCCGCCACAUCAGCAGCCGCAGCAGGAAGCGGUCCCGCAGCAGGAGUCUAGCCAAGGACCGAGUCCGAGCCUCAGCCAUACUUCCAGCGUCGGCCCGAGCCAGACUGCGAGCUUCGGCAGCCAGGGAGGGACGCCUGGGAGCGUCCAGAUAGCCGCCACUCUGCUUCAAUUCUCUUAUAACGAGUUGUUCGAGGCUACUAACGGGUUCAGCAGGGAGGGCAAGCUGGGGGAGGGAGGAUUCGGGAGCGUGCACAAGGGGAGAGUGCAUGUUGGUGGGGGGAGGAUGGAGGAAGUUGCUGUGAAGGCGCUGAACCAGGAGGGUUACCAGGGCGAGGCGGAGUGGGUGACCGAAGUGAGGUACCUGGGAGCGUUGGGGCAUCCGAACCUGGUGCGGCUGGUGGGAUACUGCAUGGAGGGCGAGCACCGGCUGCUGGCAUACGAGCUGAUGGAGUAUGGCAGCUUGGAAAGAUACCUGUUCAGACGCAACGUCACCCCUCUCCCCUGGAACAUCCGUAUGAAGGUCGCUCUGCAUGCUGCCAGAGGACUCGCCUACCUGCACGAGGAGACAGAGGCGCAGGUCAUCUACAGAGAUUUCAAGGCGUCUAACAUUCUCGUCGACAGGGUCAUUUACCGUGCCUCCAGCUCCAGCAACCGCCUUCCGGAUCAGAUCUUUCUUUCAUUCCCCCUUUCUCGCCCCUUUCCCCUCUCUACCCCCCUGUAUCCCCGCUCCACCCCCCUCCUCCCCCCUCCUCUUCUCCACUCCCCCUCCAAUUCCCCCUCAUCAGGAGUUUAA